UGACCUGGUUGGAUGCUGUUGUUGGAUUGGUAUUGCCGUGGUAACCAACUCUCGGUUGACUUGGUUGGAUGCUGUUGUUGGAUCUUUUUCGCCUUGGUAACAGCAUCCUCACUGACCUGGUUGGAUGCUGUAGUUGGAUCUUUAUCCCCGUGGUAACAGACUCCUGGUUGUAUUUUGGUGGAUCCAUCAUGCUGUACUUUCAGGUGGUGAUCUUGGCGGCGACAGCGAUGCUGGUUUAUUACUGUGAGUUCACGGACACGUUCAGUCCAGCAGAGCAGGGCUUCAUCUGCAGAGACCCCUAUCUGUCUAAACCUGAUCCUGGACCAGAACAGGACAGCCGAGUGCAGUCUGUGAUCCUGUUCUCUGUGCUGGGAGGCCUGCCCGUUGUACUGAUUUCAGGAGUGGAGCUCGUCAUCUUCCUCCUGAACUACAACUCAAACCAUCUGUAUGACCAGGAGAAGGUGCUUGUCAUGGGUGACUGUUGCUAUGUGAACCCCAUGGUGCGCAGGACCGUCCGUUUCCUCGGUGUGUAUGCCUUCGGCCUGUUUACAACAGACAUCUUUGUAAACGGCGGUCAGCUGAUCACAGGUUCUCUGGCUCCUUACUUCCUGUCUGUGUGUCGACCCAACUACACCGCACUUGGCUGCGAUGACACCUCGCUCUUCGUCAGCCAAUCAGAAGCUUGUAGUGGUGACCCUGAUGACAUCAUGAGAGCCAGGAAGACGUUCCCAUCCAAAGAGGCGGGGCUUAGUCUGUUUACAGCUGUUUACCUCUCAAUGUACAUCAUGUCAUGUGUGAGGUCCAGUGGAGGUCGUCUGACUGGCCCCCUCCUCAGCCUCUCAUUGGUCGGUCUGGCCAUGCUGACAGGUAUCAACAGAGUGGCCGAGUACAGAAACCACUGGAGUGACGUUAUUGCAGGACAAGCCAUCGGGGGCGCUGUGGCUGUCUUUCUGGUGGUGUUUGUGGUUCAGUAUUUUAAAAAAAGACGUGCGAUGUCACACAGUUUGUCUGAUGCAGGAACAGCCAACACUGACGAGACCGCACCGCAAAUCAACCACAACAUGACGACCAGUGACAAAUACAAUGUUGCACAGAGUCCAGGAUCCUUCACUGAAAUAACAUGACUGUGACUCCCCUGAACAAGGGGACACAGAGGACACCUUCACACCUGGAUGUUCACAUUUACAGACUAACCUUUAACCUUAACGGCUGCUUUUCAUCAGCAGAGAGUGGGCUCUACCCCCCCUCAGUACAGACUGACAGGUGCAGUUUAUCACAGCUGUGGGAUGGGUUUAACCAUACUGCUGGUUACAGACACAACCUGCUGUAGACCUGUCUCUACACUGUGGUCUCAUUGGUGUACAUAAAAGCCUGUAAAGCAAAAUCAGAAAUUAGUCUUCAAGCAUACUUGGACUGAAUUAUGG